AUGAUAGUGGAGUCUCAUUUGGUGGAUGAAGAUGGAACAAGAGACCGUUUUCCAGUAAGAAUGCGUGUUCUGGCGGUUGAUGAUAACCAAGUUUGUCUUAAUGUGUUGGAGAAUAUGCUUCGCAAAUGUCAAUAUCAUGUUACUACAACUACUCAGUCAAUUAAGGCUUUGGAAAUUUUAAGAGAAAACAAAAACAAAUUUGACCUUGUUAUUAGCGAUGUAAAUAUGCCAUACAUGGAUGGAUUUAAACUCCUUGAGACAGUGGGACUCGAAAUGGACCUACCUGUUGUCAUGUUGACAGUAUGCAAUGAUAAAGAGCUAGUAAUGAAAGGUGUUAUGCAUGGUGCUUGUGACUACUUAAUCAAACCUCCUCGAAUUGACGUGUUGCGAAAUAUAUGGCAACACGUAUUGCGUCAGAAGAAGUCACGUUUAUUUUGGAAUGUUGAGUUGCAUACAAAAUUCGUUGCAACAGUUAAUGAAUUGGGCAUUGACAAGGCUGUCCCGAAGAAAAUCCUUGAGCUAAUGAAUGUCGAAGGGCUUACAAAAGAAAAUAUAUCAAGCCAUCUGCAGAAAUAUAGGCUCGGUUUAAAGAAGGCAACUCAACAAGAUAGUGGGGUUCCUCCAUUGGGUCAUAGUGGUCCUUAUGUGCAAAACAAUUUGAUGGAUAGAUAUAGAAAUUUUAACACCUUGUCUAGAUCAGGAAGAAUCUUAACCCCUACACAACCUUCAUACACAUCUGGUGCAAUUUUUUGUAGGCUAAACCCCCCUGUAAGCUUGAACAUGAGAGGAAUUGGUUCCUCUGAACUUGUCCAGCCUACCCAUGUUUCAGCAAAUCAAAGUUUGAGUUUAUCACAGGACAUUCCACAAUCAAUUGAGCUUAACCAAUUUCAGCAAAUCAACAAUACAAAAAAUAUUGGACAGUUUAACUCAAUUGGUGGGUCGAGUGAAUUUAUGAUUUCCUCUGCCUUCCCCAGACGAUAA